CUGCGUGAAAGCAGGAACCGUGGAGGAGUUUCGCUACUGUAAAAUCUUAGGGUAGUGAAUCGCUAGGAGAGAUACAGGGGAAGAACGGAGCAGAAUUUACGAGCGUUCCCCGAUAAUGCUAUUUUGAUAUGAUAGUGACUGAAUAAAGUUUUUCUACACGAGAUGGACAAUUAGUACAGACAAAAGUUUAUUUGCCUAGGCUUUGAAGAGUUUGCGAGCAGCUACCUAGCUAGCUAUGCUAACUUUAGCUAGCGAGCUAGAUACAACUGUAAACAUGGUUUAAAUUGGUUGCUCACUUGACGUUAUAUUGCAGUAAUUUUAAUUGAGUAUGAAUUAUGUUAUGAAUGUGUGUCUGUCGUAGCUAAUAACGUAUUUAGGAUACAUUUAUGCUUGGAUUCAAACAGCCGCAGUGUGUACACAAAUCAAACAACUGCAGCAGAGGCAGAUGAUGGAGGAGCUGUGGAGACGUGGCAUGCCCCUGUCAGAUCGAAUGGAAAAUGACCCCCCAGCCGAUAUGGCCCCAGGGUACACGACCACAGCGGCCCCGUCGGGCUCCAAUGCCUCCUGGGUGCCAGACACCCCCCUGGUGACCCCUGAGGAACCAUACUUCCUCAUGACCUCCACUGCCCAGACCGUGUCAGGGUUCUUUGUCUGGACAGCCCUGCUAAUAACCUGCCACCAGAUCUACAUGCACCUGCGCUACUACAGCUCUCCCAAUGAGCAGAGGCACAUAGUUCGCAUCCUCUUCAUCGUUCCCAUCUACGCCUUUGACUCGUGGCUCAGCCUCCUCUUCUUCACUAACGAAGAGUACUAUGUCUACUUUGACACGGUCCGCGACUGCUACGAAGCGUUUGUGAUCUACAACUUCCUCAGCCUGUGUUAUGAGUACCUUGGAGGGGAGAGCGCCAUCAUGGCUGAGAUCCGAGGAAAGCCCAUUGAGUCCAGCUGUGUGUACGGCACCUGCUGUCUCUGGGGAAGGACUUACUCCAUUGGGUUCCUCCGAUUCUGCAAACAGGCCACUCUACAGUUCUGUGUGGUGAAGCCUCUGAUGGCCAUGAUCACAGUCAUCCUGCAGGCCUUUGGGAAGUACAGAGAUGGAGACUUCAAUGUGGCCAGUGGGUACCUGUAUGUGACCAUCAUCUAUAACUUCUCUGUCAGCCUGUCUCUCUACGCCCUCUUCCUCUUCUACUUCGCCACCCGCAACCUGCUGGUCCCCUACAGCCCCAUGCUCAAGUUCCUCAUGGUCAAGUCUGUCAUCUUCCUCUCUUUCUGGCAGGGUAUGCUGCUGGCCAUCCUGGAGAAGUGUGGAGCCAUCCCUAAAAUCAACUCUCCCGAAGUGUCAGUUGGGGAGGGCACGGUUGCCGCUGGCUACCAGAACUUUAUCAUCUGCAUUGAGAUGUUCUUUGCCGCUGUGGCCCUGCGCCACGCCUUCACCUACAAGGUCUACAUGGACAAGAGGCUGGACUCCUACGGGUCCUUUCCUAUUUUUGGACAGUACGGUCGCUGCGCCCCAAUGAAGAGCAUCUCCAGCAGUCUGAAGGAGACCAUGAACCCCGGAGACAUGGUGCAGGACGCCAUCCACAACUUCUCCCCGGCCUACCAGCAGUACACACAGCAGUCCACCCUUGAGCAGCGUGGAGGGGCGCCAGUGUCCCGCAGCCUCAGCACCCGCGACAACGAGAAGACCCUGCUGCUCAGCUCUGACGAUGAGUUCUGAGCCCCCCUACACACCGACCGGUGGUACUACUGGGAGGUGGAGACGGGAGGGGCUUAAUGGACUCUACUAUAGUGCCGUAUGAAAUCGACAGGCUUGAGUCCUUUGGCUGAUCCACUUCAUUGCGUACAUGAACAUAGUACUCAUAUUCCUCAGUCUAUAUUG